GACAUUAAUAUUCCAUCAUGCUGGAAUGAUGUAUUUUUAACGAAGGCACGGGGUGGUUGGGUGGGGGUUAAAGUUUAUUUGCGAUUUCAUUUCUGAAAUGGAGGAUAAUGAGCGAGACAUGCCAAUUAAUAUUCUAUUAUUUUAUCAUGAAUAUUCUAUCGUAAUGGGUUAGAUAGAAUAUGCGGGAUUAAGAUUUAUUCGUGGCUUUUCUUUUUUUUUUAUCCCCGAGAUGGAGAAUAAUAAAUGAAAUGCAUUAUUAAUUAUUUAGAAUAUUAAUAUCCUACUGUGCUUCGGUAUUUGUUAUUAUUAUCCGCGAUCUCAUCUGGAUCUUUUUAAACGAUGGCGGCACAGUCUUUUCUUAUUACUAGUUACCUCGUGUAUUAGAAUUUAGCGAACUGUUAUAUUCGGAAUUAUCGUUUAAAGUAAUCGGGGGAUUAUGAAGCCUCGCGUAAAUUGAAUUUCAAUUACGACGCGGAAAGCAAACGCUUUAACACUUACGCCGUAUAGGUUUAUGGAUAAAUUAAUUUUCAUUCAAAAUUCGCCAAGAUCACAGAACAAAAGCAUGAUAAGCCCUUUCUUGCUUGUUCUUUCUUUAAAAAAAGAUUCGUAAAAAUGUUCAAUUUCAUCGUCAACGGAAGCAGGAUCCAUUAACGUCUCGAAGAAUAGAUAUAAUCCUCCGAUUCAUUUAAACAAACGCGAAAAAGGAGAGAAAGUAUAUAUAUCGUUCAGCAUAAUGCAGGCACAUAUACAUCGUGAUGGAGUACUGCGACGGCGGCGAUCUAUCGAGUUUUAUAAAGAGGAGGCACAAGCUACCUGAGAAAGUUUGCCGCCGAUUUUUGCAGCAGCUCGCGCUCGCCCUGCGAUACCUGCGCGACAACGACGUUUGCCACAUGGACUUGAAGCCGCAAAAUUUAUUGCUAACGAGAAGGCCGCAGUUAACGUUAAAAGUCGGAGAUUUCGGUUUCGCUCAGUAUCUUUCGAAUUCGGAGGAAAAGUUCGCGGUCCGCGGCUCGCCGCUUUACAUGGCGCCGGAAAUCUUGUUGAAACGCAGGUACGACGCGCGGGUCGAUCUAUGGAGCGUCGGUGUGAUCAUGUACGAGUGCCUUUUCGGCAAGGCGCCCUAUUCUAGCGGCAGUUUUCACGAGCUGGCUGAAAAGAUCAAGGACUGCAGACCAAUCGAGUUACCGAAAGGAUCGCAUGUGUCGCCGGAGUGCAAGGAUUUGUUGAUGUCCUUGCUGAGGCACGAGCCUCGCGAGAGGAUAACAUUCGAUGAGUUUUUCGCUCAUGAUUUCCUGGAUUUGGCUUACGCGCCAACAAAAGAAAAUUACGAGAAGGCGGUCGAGUUGAUUCAGAAGGCCGUGAAAAUGGACGCGGAGGGAAGUUCGAGAGAGGCUUUUCAUUUGUAUUGCGAGGCCCUCAGAUAUUUUAUCCCCGUUGUUACAAGUGAGACUGACUUAAAGAGGAAAGAGAAUUUAAGAUCGCGAGUAAAUGAUUACAUUAAAAGGGCAGAAACGCUGAAGGCAUCGUGUACAGACCCUAGUGACGAUAAAGAUAAGUGUGUUCCUGCGGAGCAUAAAGGGAAUUCUAUCCAGAGGAUAUCAUCUUUAAACGAGCCGUCAUUCGUACAUCACGAGCUACGGACGCUUAGCAAAAGCACGACCAGUAUGGCGGAUGGCCUUGAGAUUGGAGAAGUCGCCGAACUGUAUCUCGCGGAGGGAAAUUAUGCGCUCGCUUUAGAAAAAUUUCAGUCUUGUCUAGGAAUAUUGGUACCUCUUUUGGGAAAGGAACCUCCAGGCCGACGAAGAGAUUUAUUACACAAACAGGUACAAAUUUGGAUGAAAGAAGCCGAAAGCACCAAAGGGCUAUUAGCUACUAAAGAUAUCGAAGAGUCUGGACAACGUACCUCCGAGACCUCCAUUGAGCAAUGCACAAUGCAGUGAUUUAGAUUUUGCAUUUAACUGUAUUUUUGUUAACUUUAAUUAAUGUUAUUUACAGCGGUAGCACGUUCGUGAAUUUCUUUCUCCCGUGCACACCGUGUCACUUGUGUCAUAAUGUAUGUACAUAUAUUUAGAAUGUUCAUAUUUAUUUAUGGAAAAAAAUAAAUAAUUUUGUAUUUCAUUUUUCAAUGCAAAUGGCACUCUACGGCAACAUUAAUAUUAUACAGCACGUAAAAGCUGCAAUAUGUCAUUGUCUUUUUUUUAUUUAUAAAAACCUUCACUGAAAAUACACGUGAGAAGAUAUUGCGCGGAGUAUGCGACUAGUUUUCCAUUCGGAUCGAAAAAAAGAAACAGUGAAAGGGAAACAUUUCGUAUUUAAUUAAUUUUCGUUGAUAAAUCGAUCUUCGCGCAUGUAUUUCCUACAACGGUG